AUGCCGACACGCGUAAUCCAGGACAAAGGCGCAGAGACCAGAACCCAUCGCGAGCGCAAAGAAGCAUACACGGCUUCUCUCGAAGGCGAAGUAGUUCAGCUCCGUGCGAAUGAAGCCAGACUUUUGCAGGAAACGAAGACUUUGUAUUCUGAAGUCGCAUUCCUGAAGAAACUACUGGUAGAGAAUGGAAUUGCGAUACCUCAGAGAAUACAAAUGGCAUAUGGCGGGGAAGGAGGGGGAGGAGAUUUAGAGGGUGAGAGAAGGAUCGCGCUGUCGGUCGGCCAAGAGAACAAGAAGAAGAACCGACGGAAACAGAUCUACGUACAGCAUAUGCCUAGAGAGCCAUUGCCUGGCUCGCUACAGCUCAUUACUCCGCCGUCGUCUGGCUCAGCAGCAUUAACGUACACAUCUGCUGCUUCGCCUGAUAGUUCUACGACAUAUAUGGGUAACCUCAACCCAGAGAUUGUUGGGAUGGACUUUGUCUUGACUCUUGAAUCUCCCUGCUUACCUCAUAUCGAUAUCGCCUCACCUGAUAGUAGCAACUCGGAUACGGAUCCUCCUGCUUCGACCGGCCACGCCCUCACUGUCUCAGCAUGCCUCUUCCAUCAUCAUCCUUCGCCAUCCGGACAACGUCAAUUCUCACCUGCGAUUUGGGAAGUUCCUCAAGCCAGUAUAGACCAGCUGUUAGCAUUGUCUGCUUCUGUCCCAUUGCAAGACAGUGAAGUCACGCCCGUACAAGCGUGGGAUUAUAUCCGGAGACAGGAACAGUUCGCGGGACUGGAAGCAGCAAGAUGGGAGAGGUUGAAGGAGAAACUAGUAGGAUCUGUGCGAUGCUAUGGUUUUGGAGGUGUGAUUGAAAAGGACGCCUUUGAGAAUGCAGUGUUUGAGGCUUUUGUUGUGGGGAGGGUGUUUUGA